GCCCCCCCAUUUGUUGUCACCAUAGAGAUGGUUGCUGUGUGACGCUCCGGGUCUCCAGGAAGUAGCUUGCUACAUCUGUCAACGCAAGAAAAAAUGGACGAUCAUCUUAAACUCGGAGACAGUGGAGUUGUAAAGAAUGUUGCAAGGUUGGGUCGACGGGGUCAACGGGCUCGACAGGCUGCAGAGCAAACAUCUCUGGAGGAGCCUCGACACGUCAGGAAAUCCUCUUCUUCUACAUCGAUGGGAGAGGGGCCCCCUCCUAAACCAGCCCGCAGGCAGGGCGGCUGGGCUGAAGAGACUUCUGGAUCAGCCAAGUCUGGAAGAAGACCUGCCAUGGUGCAGGACGUGGAAGAUCGACGCCUGCGACCACAAACCCCCCAGGGCUCGGAUGAUGAAGGAGAUAUACCGGUGAUCCCAGACCUUGACGAAGUACAAGAGGAAGACCUUAACAUGCAAGUUGCUGCUCCCCCAAGCAUCCAGGUUAACCGGGUAAUGACAUACAGAGAUCUGGACAAUGACCUCAUGAAGUACUCUGCCUUCCAGACCCUGGACGGUGAGAUUGACUUGAAGCUCCUCACCAAGGUUUUAGCUCCAGAGCAGGAGGUGAGGGAGGAGGACGUGGGUUGGGACUGGGAUCAUCUGUUUACAGAGGUGUCCUCAGAGCUGCUGACGGAAUGGGAUCAAGGAGAGAAGGAGGAGCAGGUCUGUGUUAUGAGGACAAGCCUCCCCAAGAUGGGAUAAAGUGGAUCAGAACGUCUCCUCUGGGACCUGGGUGGGUGCAUGUCAAUGCUCCGUUGAAACAUAGGGACCAUCAAAUAUACGUAGCUUGCCUCAUAUUGUUGUUCAUAUUCCAAAUGUCUAUUUCCAAGUGCAAAAUGUAUUUGUUUUUCCUAAUAAAUUUUAACAAACCA